GCAACAGGUCAGCCCAGGACCAGGCGAAGAGACUUGGAGGGCCAGCCCACGCCUCUCCCCCUCGGAGAUCUGCGGGAGCCGCACGCCCCUGGGGCAAAGGAGAAGGCUCGGCGGGGGUGGGAAAUUGACUACCCAACUUUUCAAGUUUUGGGGCUGCCUGGCUGGUGUUUGCUCGCUUGUCGCGGCUCAACAUGAAGCCCUGGCUGGUACUGGUGCUGGCUGGGAUGUGGUGUCACAUCACUGGAGGGGAAGGGGACUCCGUCCAGGGUGGGAUCUGCUGGCUGCAGCAGGGGAAGGAAGCAAAAUGCACCAUGAUCCUAAAGGCCGACGUGACCUGGGAGGAAUGCUGCGGCAAUAGCAACGUUGACGUCGCUUGGUCCAACUACACCCAGCCAGGCAACAAGAUCAGCCUCUUGGGGUUCCUCGGGCUGGUGCCCUGCCAUCCUUGCAAAGAGACCUGCGAGGGGGUGGAGUGCGGCCCUGGCAAAGUCUGCAAGAUGAAACACGGCCGUCCCCACUGCGCCUGUGCCCCGGAUUGCUCCAGCCUGCCCAGGAAGCUGCAAGUGUGCGGCUCGGAUGGCUACACCUACCGCGACGAGUGCGACCUGCUGACAGCUAAGUGCAGAGACCACCCCGACCUGGAAGUGAUGUACCAGGGCAAAUGCAAAAAGUCCUGCUCCAGCGUGGUGUGCCCCGGGACUCACACCUGCGUUGUGGACCAGACGGGCAGCGCACACUGUGUGAUGUGCAGAACGGCCCCCUGCCCGGAUCCCUCCACCCUGGACCACACUCUCUGCGGCAACAACAACAUCACCUACCCGUCUGCCUGCCAUCUACGGCGGGCAACCUGCUUCUUGGGCAGAUCUAUCGGAGUCCGUCACUACGGAAGUUGCUUAGCUGUGGCCAAGUUCCCCCUCGAUGUGGGCGAUGCCGAAGAAAACUAUGUGUGAAACACUCCUUCUUUGCCAAGAGGCCGAACCCAGGAGACAGGGGCAUUAUGUGUAUAUUGUACAAACCAUAUACCUGAUAUUUAUUAAGAUGAAAGAUUCUUAUUUAUAUCUGUUUAUGUUAUGAAGACGCAUAGGGCCCGAUUCUCAUUACUCCGUUCCUGCGUCUGGGGCACGGGAGGGAGAUUAGGGUGGCUUUAAACCACCUUUCUGCUCCUCAUAGUCCUGGGUGGUUCAGAGCCAUGGUGCCCAUGGGAGGCAGUGACUAGCCGUAGCACGGAGCACUCCAACCAUGUCUUCAGUCUGGACUGGGAGCAGGACCAUUGUACCAUCUUUACACCAGCUCUACACUGACUGGGGAGGCCCCCACUUGUCUGGGGGCCAUGUCCACCUUUCUUAAGGCCCCUUUAUGCUGCCAGAGGGUCCUAGUGUCCCGGAGAAUUGGGCCCACGCUGUAUACUAGCCCCAAGACAGCACUCCCGGGCGUAUUUAUUUUUUUGUUUUAAUUCUUGGUGCCCCCAUCUGCAGAAGUUCCUGGACCUGUCCAGCGGGAAUGUGAGGUUGAGCCUUCCCUUGUGGGACUUUCUGUCCUAGGGGCUCAGCUGUGGGGAUGGACAGCUCCCGACGGCAGGAAACUCAGUUCGGAGCUGUGGUUGUUGCAUCUUUUGUUUUCCUAAGCUUGUCCAAUCCAGGUUCCCAUGUAAUAAGCAAUGUCAGUGAGGACGCAGAGGUAACACAACCUCGCACACUGCCCUCGAAGCCAGGUUUCACACAACGGGCAAGGCUGGGCAAACCUUUGCCAUUAUAAUGCCAUGCCCCUGGGUGGCUCAUUGGCAGCAGGGAUAGAAUCUGAGACCUCUGGAGCUAAAAGCAUCAGCUCUGUUAGCCAGUGCUGUGGCAGGCUCAUUGACCUAGACAGGGACAAUGUGCCACAUGAGUGGGUUACACCAGCCUGGAUCAUUGCAACUGCAAAGGGCUCCAGUCUGGAUUCAGAGCCAAAUUUACCCAGAAUUCAGUGGUGUUGGUCUCUUAGUUCAGGCCCAUCUCGGUAAUACCUCUGGGCUUCAUUUUUCAUUGUCCUGCACCUUUGCGUAGGGCGACCAGACAGCAAGUAUUAAAAAUCGGGACGGGGGUGGGGGGUAAUAGGAGCCUAUAUAAGUAAAAGACCCAAAAAAUCGGGACCAUCCCUAUAAAAUCGGGACAUCUGGUCACCCUACCUUUGCGGAGCCACUGAUGCUGGUGCAAACAAGUAUGCAUGGUAGCACUUUGCACUCGUUCGGAGGCUGUGAGACAAGGCAUCUGAGACCAGGGCCCCAAGGGGAUGUGCGUUAAAGAGACAGGCAGGCAGCUUUGGUCCCGACUCUGACCUCUCCUAACGUCAUUACAAACCUGAUCUCGCCUACAUCAGCUUUAGGGGAGUCGCUCUGAUUGACAGCGGUGUAAGUGAGAGGAGAACCUGGCCCAGUGCCUUUUGGGUUUUAAAUGUCAUUCUGGGGUUUUCAAAUCAGUCCCUCGAUCGCCAUCAGGCCCACGCUGAAAGGCCACUGCUAGCUACAGAGCAUGCUGCAGGUUGACUGCAAACUCUGUUUCCAGACUGGCCCCCUUCCCCCGGCUGCUGACCCUGGGACACAAACGGGGGAGGAAUCGCUCACUAGAAAUGGGGGAGGGCAGUCGGGAAGAGAGGUGAUGAGUGCUUGGCAAAUAGGGAAGCCUUGCGAGACGAAGGUUGGCUGCGUGGUCAAGCCCUGAGGCUCAGGAGAUCUGGGUUUAAUUCCCAGCCCUGCCACAGCUUCUGUAUGUGACUUUGGGGUCCCUGUGCCUCAGUUCCGCCCCUGUAAAAAUGGGGGUGGUAGUCCUUCUAUUGUCUGUCUAGUCUGGUUAGCCUCUCCUCCAAACUCCUGCCUCUCUCUCUCCCUGUGUGUGUUAACAGAGCUCUGCCCACAGGGGUCCUGAUGGCAACAGGAACCUCUAGUUGCUAUUACAUUGGGUUGGCCUGUUGUGUCCUGGAAGCAGUGCCUGGCUCCUGUGACACCCACCCCAGCUGCCCCCUCUCCAGCAGGUUGGUUUCUUGAACCUCGGGACAUUACAGCUGUCCCUGGCUUAUCAAACACAUCAUAAGAACCUCAUGGACACAUUCAAAAAGGAUCCUCAACUCAGCUUCCUCUGAGCGCAUCCCCAGUAUUUAUUUUUCACAUCCCCGGCGACAUCGUGUGUGUUGUGACCUGUGUAAAUAGCGUAUCGUCUCCAACACCACGCGGCUCAGAAACCAUUGCCUUUAUAUUAUUAUAUAUAUUAAAAAAUCCCCUCUCUUCUAUUUUUGUAUGGUUGUGUCCCCAUCCUUUACGUAUGCCAUGUAACAUGUAUGUUUCCUAUUCCAUAUUGUUCGGGGGCAUUUUACUGCUAUGUUACAUUUUGGGUUAUAAUUAAAAGGAAUAAAACUA